AUGGAACUGAACCACAGUGAUGAUUACAACAAGUAUGUGAAGGCCGAACUUGACAAGCUCUAUGAAAGCCUCGUGCGCAGAUAUGAGGAGGUGCACCCGGCCCGAGAAAGUUUCCAGGAGCACCUCGCAGAUUCGUCUCAAGUCAGUUCUUUGUCAACGUUCAACGGCCACGAGAGCCCAGCUGUCGGACGGGAGUUGAUGCACGGCAUGAGCCAGGCCUCGGUCGAUUCUUUGGAUACCCAUGCCACCUCCCAGCCGCCCCAGCCCAUUCUCAACUGGGCACUCCUUUGCGAAGGUUUGAUGCACCAGCAUGAGGGCGAGCUGGAUGAAGAAAAUGAUCAGCAGAUGUCUUACAUCAAGGAUGUCUUGACAAUGCGGUCGCCAUGGAAGACCACAUUGACAUACCAUGCUCUCAAGAAAGACAACGCGAGGCCAUUUUCCUCCCUAUCUCGCAUGAAAAGUCUCCGAAUGCAAGAGGCAGCAUUGGAUCAGAGCUGCUUGCAGCCUUUCGUCCGCCAGCCAAAUAGCAAGCUUCAAAUCGUGUGGAGCUUGCUCGGUAGCCUCUUCAUCAUUUGGGACUUGAUUACGAUACCCUUGGAGCUCUUCGAUGACCAGAAUAUGAUCACAUUCCUGGUUCUUGUGGGCAAGAUCUCCUUUGUGUAUUGGCUCUUGGAUAUGCCUUCGCACUUGAUCUUUGGCGUGGAGGUCGAUGGCUUUCUCGAGCUUCGACCGCGAGAGCUGGCAAGGAGGUACUGCCGGUCUUGGUUCGCGAUCGACUUGACUGUCAUUAUGGUUGAUGCCCUGCUCAUGCUCUUGCAAGAACUGCAUGGCUCCGAACCUGAAGGUAGCCCUGUUCGAUCAGCUCGCUACCUUCGCACUCUGCGCCUGCUGCGGCUUCUUCGUCUUCUGCGUGUUGCGAAGCUCCAACAGGAGCUGACGAGGCUGGCAAACAACUUCCUCUCCACAUACGCGUUCAUGGUAAUGAAAGUGGUCUCCGGUCUGCUGAUGAUCUUGGCAGUGAACCACCUCAUUGCUUGCUGCUGGUAUGGCAUUGGGCGCUGGACGUUCGAUUCUGGCGACAGCUGGCUAAUCAACGCGGACAUUGACAUUGAAGAUCUCGCCAACGCGUACGCCGUUUCAAUCCACUGGUCCCUGACUCAAUUCACGCCGGCGACGAACAAUGUUGCCCCUGUCAAUGCUGUGGAGAGGUUCUUUGCCGUGUGGGUGAUUCUCUUGGCGAUGGGAACCUUUUCGUCCUUCAUCAGCUCCAUCACGACUACAGUUAGCACCUUGCGUGCUGCCAGAGCCGAGCAGUUCAAGCACCAUUCGAUUUUGGUCCGGUUUUUCAAUGAGCGGAACCUCUCGACGGACCUCUAUGGCAAGAUAAACGAUAUCCUGAAGAGGCAGGGCGCCUAUGACAUUCGCGUGAAGGAGCAGAAUGUCAAUCUCUUGCAGGGAAUUCCCGAUCGGCUCAAGGUUGACCUGCAUGAGGAGAUGUUCAUGAGCUCUUUGAUGCAGCUCGGCAUUUGGCGCCACUGGCAUCAUACAGAUGAUUUCAACUUCUGUCGUGAAGUCUGCAACCUGGCAAUGUGCGAGCACGUCGCGACUCCAGGACAGGAUGCGUUCAUGCCGGGGACAGACUGUGAAGAGGUCUACAUCAUUGAAUCCGGCUCCAUGGGCUACAUCGCUCGGCAGCUCACAUCCUUCGAGUCGGAGCUGUGUGAGAGCGGUGAGGUGUUAUGCCUGCCAUGUAUGUGGGCAGAAUGGCUUCAUCGUGGUCGCCUCGCAGCAAACACUGGUGUGACUUGCUAUUACAAUGGGAUCAAUGGGGAGAAGUUUGCGAAUCUCGUGAAACGCCACGGUCCUCUCUGGCAGUACUUGCAGAUCUACGGGAUCUUAUUCAUUGGCGAGGUGGAGCACAUGGAUGCUGAGGACAUUUUUGUGACCGACAAGUGCAUCUCAGCCACGAAGGUGGACGACAUUGCCCAGCGCGCAAAGC